AUGGCAGAUCCGCUCGCCCAACAGCGCUGGAUCGUGGCAGCUGGCAGCCUCGGGAUACUUUUCUCGAGCAUCUUUGAUUCGCCAGUACUCCUGCUACUGAUUCAGUACCAUAGCUGCAUUGGUUUUCAGCUGGAUAUCGGCCUGUUGGAGGAAUAUUUCAACCCAGAGCCAUGGCCCAGCAAUACCAUUUUCACUUCUACGGAGGACCCCCUGGAGUGCAGACUUCAAGCGGACCGCAACCUCCGGUUACAAUUCUUUCGACUCCUCAGGAAGCUAGCAGAGCUCGGUCGGUUUCGGUACACCCACCACCUCGAGCUCCGCUUCCAAUUCAACUCACACCGGGGGAGCCGGCCAAGUCUACUCACCCCAGCCGUGAGCGUCAUGAUCGCAGUCGCUCGAGACGACGACGGCGUCGACAUCAUCGGCAUGAACGUCACCCUGAGGGACCUCCCGCGGCCCCAGUUCGACCAGUUCUGCCUCCCCCUCAGCCUCCUACUCGGCCACCAACAAGGCCCGAUUUUGGAGAACAAGGAGCCUGUCGCGGCAGCUGCCUCACCGGAGUUUCACAAGAACACGAACAGCUAUUUCAUGCUGCUCAUCGCAGCAGCUAUGAACAACUGCGAGAGCAAAUCACAGCUCGAGCCAAAGGUCGAUUUCUAUGAGGAGGGAAUGAGUUCUCUCUUGGCGUAUAUGUUCUUUGUUUUGCAUUAUCAUGAGAAUUUUCUCACAACUGAAGGCUUGCAUACGUGGCCUAUUAUCCCACAUUCUCAUAUGCGAAGAUUCACUGAUCGCAUCACUUUUACUCGGCAACGUUCAUUGCCAGUUUCCAAAAUCCUCAAAGAGGAUGUUGAGGAUGUGCUGAAAUUUUUGUUGACCCGAUUUGGCCAGGCAGACCGACCUUUUCUGCCUGUGAUUCCUAUUGGCCAACGGGAGAUUGUCACUCUUGCCCGGUCCAUUUUGGCCAGCAAGAUACCAUAUAAGGCAAUUUUUCAGCAUGAUGCCAAGGCGUAUGCCAUGCCCCAAGAAGCAUUGCAUGUUUGGGAGUUUCCAGUGGCACAUAUGCCAGGACCUGAAGAGCAGACCAACUGCUAUUAUCUUUGGGGACACGGGACCACGGCCGAAGGCCUGGUCGGCAUCCUCACGUUGGGCAGGGUCAUUCGCUCUAGCGCCGAAGCUGUACAUGUGGCGCCGCACGAUCAUGUGUGCUCCUUUUAUGGCAAAGCCACACAAAACGUGUACUAUGAAGAGAGCAAGUUAGACUUCGUGUCAAAACUGCACCACUCCACGAAGAAUUCCGCAGGA